AUGCCCCUGAUUCUGUCAAUUACCUCCUCUAGCACUGUUUUUGUGCUACCUACCCUACUUGCUCUUGCGGCUGUAGUCAUACUCUCUAUAUACCGUUUGAUCAAAUACCGACAUAUCCCCGGUCCCUGGCCAUGCCGGAUCUCGCAUCACUAUGUUACGCUGUUUGAUCUGCUUCGGCAGCGUCCACAAACCGUGGCCAAAUGGCACCUACAGUAUGGCCCCUUUGUUCAGAUAGCACCGGGACAGGUCUCAGUCUCUGAUGUCACCGCCAUGCGAGAGUUGUACUCCUCAUCGGCACGAAAUCCAAAGAGUGGCUAUUUUGACAACUUUCUCUACCACAAUGCACGGGCAAUCUUUGCCGAGAAGGAAUACCUUGGGCAUCGUGAGAAGAGGGGACUGGUCUCGUCAUUCUUCCAGGCUACUUCCGUUUACAAGCCUGACAUUCAGCAGCCUCUUCGGGAUAGAGUGUUGGCUUCGAUGAUGCGCAUCGAAGAAAAGAUCAUCACCAGUGACCAAGGAGUUGUGGAUGUCUUGCCCAUCAUUAACCACUACGCCUGGGACAAUACCACAGCAUUGGUCUUUGGGCCAUGCCACUCCUCUCAGGCACUCCAAGGCGACGAAAAUGACCGCAGCAUUCUAGCAAGGCUCAAGAACAGUGAAUUGUGGGGUGCAGUCAAGUACAACCUCCCUAUUGUCUUCGGCGCCAUCAAACUAGCCGUGGCGGUCUACACCAGGUCAACCGAGUACUUCUCAGCUGAAGACGACCUCGAUAAAUGGGCCAUGCAGCGUCUUUACAAAACAACAUCUGAUCCCAAAGCUUCACAGGACGAACGUUCUAUUGUGCAGCUUAUUCAGCACCUCCGUCAAAAUGGCCGCCCGCUCUCGGACAGUUACCUCGAGAGUGAGAUUAUCGACAACUUGUAUGCCGGUCAAGCUACAGUCACGGUGGCCCUGACCUAUGCUGUAUAUCAUCUUAGCCGAAACCCGUACUGGCAGUCGAUGGUACAGAGGGAGCUAGAUGGUGUCCCGCGUGACGCGGAUGGUCUUCCAAAUUGGAGUCUUUUGAACAAGGCCCCUAUUCUCGAAGCAUGCAUCCGUGAAUCUUACCGACUCAACCCAGUGGCCAGCGGACGAGCCGAACGAGUCCUCGCUAGAGACUCAAGAUAUGGAGAGAUAUUCAUCCCUCAGAACACCAUUGUAUCUGCAUCCACCAUCGCAUUGCAUGUUGAUCCAUCAGUUUGGCUCAACCCACGUGAAUUCAACCCACGACGCUGGCUCGAUGCCACACCCGAUGAGAUUCUAAGAUUGGAGCGGUCAUUCAUCCCUUUUGGUUACGGCGCAAGACUGUGUCUAGUAUUUCUCAUUGAUAGCAUGUGUCCUUUCUACAGCACUGAUAUUGAAGACUGA